AGUAACCGAAGAGCCAAAGUACCGCCACGCUGAAGGGGAAGCGUUAACAGCCGUCCUUAGACUACGACGAAGACUAAAAGUCGUGCAGGAACCGAAGGAUUUAAUAAUGGCGGACACUGAUGAAAGUAAAGAAGAAACGGAAACGUUUAAUCACGAGGAGGUCUCAGAUGAUAUCCCACAGUCCCUGCUGAGCUACUGUCAGGCCUCUAUGAAGAGAGCAUCUGUCUGUGAGGGACUCAUCCUCCAGGAUCUGGAGGACUUGCCUGUUUCUCAUCACGUUGAGGGUUUGAUCAAGUUGCCGUUUGGCCUUGAAAGGGAUUCAAGAACACAAAGUGAAAAGGUGCAGAUGAGCUGUGAGAUGUGCAGCGAGACUGGUGACAGUUCCAUGCAGAACGGCGGUGCAGUAAAAAGCAGCAGUGAGACAAAAGGAGAGAAACCUCUGUGUGAGGAGGUGCAGAGAAAAGAGCAGAGGCUACAGCGAGAGAAAGACUUCCAGGAAGAGCUGAGGAAGAUCACGGAGACAGAGAAGCUUCGCCAGUUGGAACUGGAGCUGAUAAGACGUGGAGCUCAAGAGAAAAUUGAGCAGGAGUUGCUGCUUCAGCAGGAGCUAAUGGGCAACUUGAAAAGGCAAGUAGAGCAAGAGAGGAGGAGGAUAGACGAGGAGAGGAAAACAAGGGAGAAGGAAAAGGAGAGGCAGAGAGAAGAGGAAAGCAAAAGGAAAAGAGAGGAAGAGAGGGUACGAAUGAAGGAGGAACAGAGCAGAAGAAGGGAGGAAGACAGAAAGAAAAGAGAAGAAGAAAGAAGAAUUGAAGGGGAAGACAAGAGAAAGAAAGAAGAAGAAAAAGAGAGCAAAUGUAAAGAGGACAAACAGCAGAGAAAGAUGAAAGAGGAAGAAAAGAAUAAAGAAGAGGAGGAAAAGAGAAAAGGAGAGAAAUGGAAGAAAGAAGAAAGCAAAUGUGUGGAGGAUGAACAGAAGAUGGGAGAGGAAAACAAAAAGAAAAGAGAGCAAGAAAGGGUACAAAUGAAGGAGGAACAGAACAGAGGAAGGGAGGAGGACAAAAAGAAAAGAGAUGAAGAGGGAAAAAGAUUUGAAGAUGAGAAGAGAAGGUGGGAAGAGGAAGACAAAAGAAAGAGAGAAGGAAGGAAAACGACAGAUGAGGAAAGUGAAAAGUUUAAGUUUGUAGGAAUGAAUCUCCAGGAAGAGUGUGAUGAGGAGAGAAGGGAAGAAGAGCAGAAGAAAAAGAAAAGGAACGAAAACAGGAGCCUUGAAGAGGAAAGAAACCGAGACAACGAAGAAACGAGAUGGAAGAAAGAGGAACGAAAAGUGAGGGAUUCUCACUUUAGGAGAGAGGAGAUGAUCGGAUUAGCAGAAGAGGGGGAGAAGAAAAAAAAGGGAGAUGCAGACACAGAAGUACUGAAAAACGAGGAAAAGGAGGAAGAGAAGGAAAGAAAAAGGGAGGAGGAAGAGAUAUUAAUUCAAGUGAUGCGGAUUACGAAGAGGGAAGAUGAAAAGAGACAAAAUGAAAAAGAAAAAAUGCUUAGAGAUGACAUGAGAAAGAAAGAAGAGGACAACAACAAAGUAGAGGAGGAGAGAGAGAAAAGAAGUGCUGAAGCUCUAAUGAGGACGGAUCUGAAGGAGAUGAGAACAGAGGAAGAAGAAAAACAAAAAGUAAAGGUGUGGACAGAGAGGACGAGGAUGGAUGGAGAAUGGACAAGACAGGAAGAUGAAUGCAGUUCAGAGAAGGACAGAACGUUGGUAAAAGAAGGUAAAGACCAGAAAAACAGGUAUGAGGAAAUGAUCCAGAGUUUGGACAUGAAACGUCUGGAACUGAAAGAACCGAAACGGAAAACCAACCACCAGAUGGAAAAACAAGAAGUAGAAAUAAGGAGAUUAAGUGAUAAAGAAUACAGAAAGAGUGAAGAAGAAACCAGCGUCCACGAAGAUGCCGAGGACCGUAAGGGACCUGGACAACAGACUGGAGAAACAAACACUGAGAGACAGAAGGACAAGUGGGAAACAGGAGCAAGGAGCAUGGAGGAAGAUGUGAAGCUUGGUGUAGAAAAGAGAAAUGCAUGUGAAGAAGAAAAGACAGAUGGAGAAAACAGACUGAUAGAAGAGACUGGAGACAGAGAGAGGAGGGAUGAAUCUGAUGAAGAGGAGAUGAUGACCACCAGGAAAAACCUGAAGGAAAAGAUCAGAGAUGGGAAGUGGGACUCCUCCGGGUCUGACCCUACAAGUCUCCUCAGCUCUGGAAUCAAAUCAGACAAACACAUCUGUCUCACAUCUGCAAAUGAAGCCAUGGAGCAACAACAUUCAGAGGCAAAGCCCCGCCCCUCUUCCUGCUUCUCACCUGCUUUCCUUCCUGAGCACACGGAGCACAAGAGGCUGUCCUGGAUGACAGAAUGUGUCUCCUGGUCCCAACUGUCCCUUCAAAACAGGAGGAAGCAGAAACGUUCUGCCUGGAGUUCGAGAGGACGGAGAAGGGUGGCUGGGGCCUGCAGCCCUCCCCCACUCUGUCCACACACACUGCUUCGGUCCUCUGGCUGGAAGUCUCUGCAGGAGGUUACCACUCUGACCCUGGAGGACCUGUCCUCCUGCUGCCUGUCCACUCUUCUCCAGUGCCAUCAUCUGCGCUCCCUCACCCUCAGGCGCUGUGGACUCAGAUCAGUGGAAGGCAUCAGUCAGUUAAAGGACCUCUGCUUUGUUGAUCUACAGGAGAAUGACAUCUCUUCUGUGGACUGUGAAAAUAUGACGGGUUUACGAGUUCUUCAGCUUUCCCACAAUAAGCUGAAGUCCAUCCAUGGCUUAGGCGGCGCUGAGAGUCUGGAUGUUCUUGAUCUGUCGUACAACUCCAUCACACGCAUUGCUGGUCUGGAAUCUGCAAAGAGGCUGCAGAAGCUUUUGGUGCACCAUAACCAGCUGAUCAGCACCAAAGGUCUGAGGGAUGUUUACACACUCCUCCACCUGGACUGCUCUCACAACCACCUGGCGAGCGUGGAGGGUUUGGACGGCAGUGCUCUGCUGCACACACUGGACCUCAGUUCCAACAGCCUUUCUGAGCCCCCCAGUCUGAACAACCAGGUUCUCCUCAGAACGCUGCAUCUGGAUGACAACAGCAUCUCCUCCCUGCAAGGCCUCGCUGGCUGCUGGCUGCCCCUCCUGCAACACCUCUCAGCCUCCCAAAACAGAAUAACCCAGCUGCCCAACCUGACUGAUUUUGUGUCACUUGAAAGUCUAGAUGUUCGAUUCAACUGUCUCUCAGAGCUGCAGAAUGUGUGUGAGAGUCUAGAGGGUUGUCAUUUCCUUCGAGAAGCCCUCCUGUCAGGGAAUCCUGUUGAGCAGGAGCGUGGCUGGAGUUUCAGAUUGGCGCUGCACAGAGCAUUGCCUGGUCUGAGGGCCCGUCCUGUAAACCUGGACCCCUUCCUUGUGUUCUGUCAGGCUCAGCUUCAGCAGACUCUGGCUUUGCAGCAGCGUCACAGCAGCGAGCUCAGCAAGGCUUCAUCUCCUACUUUGGAAACCCAUUGUUGGUACUUGACUACGGCUCUGCAGCUGGCGGAGGACCAUAGGCUUGCCCAUGAAAACGGUCACACCAGCGAAGUCUUAUCUAAAACACAUCCUGAGAUGGGCUGUGCGAGUCCAGAGAAGAUAGCUGAUUACCCACAAUCUGAGUCAGUUGAAGCAUCAGUAAUCCCAAACAUGAGCAACAUCAAAGACAGACACCUGAGAUUUAGGGAUCAACCAGUGGAAGAGAAUCACCACAACACUUCUGACACGACUGGCUCAAGAACCAAGUCAACAGAACCAAAAAUAAGAGAAAUACGCUUCCUCGAGCUGGAUGAAGAACCUCCAUCCAGUGUUUACGACUUGGAUCUCAAGGACAGAGCAGCAGGCGUGAUUCAGCAGAGGUGGAGGAAGUACAAACAAAAACAUGGGAACACUGAUGCCCCCUUCAUCAUGAACAAGGGAGGAGACAAAGGGAAGGUGGUCGGACCUUCCUUUUUUAGCAGGAGCACCAUUAGCCAAGAGCAUGCAGCAGCUGUCAUCCAGGCAUUUUGGAGGGGCUUCAUUGUAAGAAGGAGGCUCGCAUCUGCUCUUGCAGCGGUCAUGUGUCUCGAUGAUGGAGAGGAUGACAUCUUGGAGGAGGUGGAUAUGGAGGAAUUUGUUUUUGAUGAGCCAGCAAUAGAGGAACACUGGAAAGUGUCUAUUUCUGAUGAUUUACCUCCCAGACAUCACAUUGCAUUGGAACAAUCAGUAGCUGCAAAGUCACCUGUGACUGAACUGCCACUGCAAGGUGCACUUCAACCACCACCCACAUGGAUCCCAAAGCAGGCCUGGAUGGCUGAACAACAGGAUGAGUUGGAACUGCAACCAACUCCAGCUGAAGGCUUCAACAGAAGCCAGCCUCCUGGGUCAGUCUCGGCCCACUGCGGUUUGUCUGAAACAUCAGAGAAGAUUCUGGAGGAAUGGGGCUUUACAGAUAGACGCACAGCUCUUCUUAUGCUGAAGAGAGCCCAGAAAAUGAAAUCAGCUAAACACAAGCAGAAACUCCGUGAGCCCUCUGUCCGUGAUGCCUUGUUAGGAAACUCCAGUAACAAGUUUAGCUCAGCAGAGGCAAGGAGCAGGCCUGCACAGCACAGCAGAUACUGUUUAAAAGUUGGUGUGGCUGAGCUGGGCCUUCAGCAGACGAAGCAAACGAGGAGGCAACACGAUCAGCGGCAACUGCAGACCGACGCUUAUCAGUCUGACCGGCUCUCAGACAGGGAGCCUUUUUUACCUGGAUUAAGCUCAUCUGUCCUGAGUGGAGGCAGAGUGCAGCUUGUGGCCGAUUCUUCACAUGUGGACUGUGGACCGUGUGCUAACACAAGCCCGGUCUCCCGGCCUUUCAAACUGAACACUUCUCCUCACAGACACAUCUUGGGUCAUUCCAUGAUUUGCUGGCACCCAGUGCAAACACUGCGAGUCAGGAGCGGUGAUGGCCUACCGGUCUACACGUAUACCCGGGAUGAACUUUUAGGUCUGCAGCUGCAUGCGACAAGUAAGCCUUUUCUGGACCCUGAGCUGGAUGCUACCAGUGUCAAAACCAGGAAACGAGGCUGCAGAGCGGGGAUCAAAGUUAAAAAUAGGCGGCGAGGGUACAAGCCGGUUCUUCCUUCUGUGAUCAUCGGAAACGUGCGCUCACUUUGCAACAAGGUUGACGAGCUUUCUGCGUGUGUUCGCUACGACCGUAUGUACCGGCAGAGUAGCCUGAUGUGCUUCUCGGAAUCCUGGCUGUCGGAGAAGAUACCGGAGUCCCACGUGAAGAUUGAUGGAUUUACGCUUCGCAGGAUGGACAGAGACCUCAGCGUGACAGCUAAGAAGCAAGGCGGAGGGGUGUGUACAUAUGUGAAUGAACGCUGGUGUCAUCCGAGCCAUGUCACUGUUAAGGAGCGGGUGUGUGACGAGAACGUUGAGCUGCUGGUGGUAAGCUGCCGUCCCUACUACCUCCCGAGGGAGAUCUCCCACAUAAUUGUAACUGUUGUUUAUAUCCCACCGUCGGCCAACGGAAAGCGAGCUAUAGAGACAGUUUCUAAAGUGACACAUAAGUUACAAAGCUCUUCCCUGGAUGCACUGUUCAUUAUUACAGGGGAUUUUAAUCACUGUUCUCUCUCUUCUACGCUCCCGUCCUUCAGACAAAUGGUUAAAUGUCCCAUGCGGGGGAAGCGGAUCAUUGACUUAUUUUAUACGAACAUUAAGGAUGGUUUUUAUUCGUCAGCCCUACCCCCACUUGGUAACUCUGAUCACAAUCUUGUGUUACUGAGGUCCAGGUAUACACCCGCUGUACAGAAACAGCCGGUUACGUUUAGGGCGAUGCGCGUGUGGACGGAGGAGGCGUGUGAAACUCUGAGGGGAUGCUUCGAAUGUACAGACUGGUCUGUUUUUACUGAAGGAUGUGACUGUGAUGAUGUUGAUGACAUUGCAGACACAGUGACUUGCUAUGUUAAUUUCUGUACUGAUUUGGUGCUGCCUUGUAAACAAGUUAAGGUUUUUGCUAAUAAUAAACCAUGGGUGACCAGAGGUUAAGGCAGCAAUUAACAGGAAGAAGUUUGCUUUUUACAGUGGGGACCCAAUGCAAAUUAAGGUGGCACAAAAGGAGCUUAAGACACUGAUCCGACGAAGUGAGCAGCAAUAUGAAGAUAAGAUGGAAACCUCUAUUGAUGGUUCUAAUUCGAAGUGUCUUUGGGACAGGAUGAAAACCAUGACUGGCUAUGGGGGUAAAACAGGUUUACACAGCACCGGGAUGGAUGUGAAUGAGAUGAACUAGUUUUUUGCCAGAUUUGAUGAUCGUGAUUUUACACAUGAACACGACAAACUUAAAUCAGCACUUGCCACGGAUCAGGUUGAGAAUGCAUGCUCAGAGAUUAGCUUUAGUGUUGAGGAUGUCCAGCAGCAGUUUAGUCAGCUUAAGCCUAACAAGGCAGCAGGCCCUGAUGGUGUCCAUCCAUACACCCUUAAAGUUUGUGCAGAGCAGCUUGCAGCUGUCUUCCACUACAUUUUCAUGUUGUCCUUGUCUGCUGCCAAAAUACCUGUAAUGUGGAAAACCUCUUGUCUUGUGCCGAUCCCUAAGAAAACAGGUGUCAGCUGUACGUUGUCCAAUCUUAGGCCUAUUGCGUUGACAUCACAUUUAAUGAAAUGUUUUGAGAGAAUUGUCCUUAAAUGCCUAAGAGAACAAGUUGUUUCCUUCCAAGACCCCUUGCAAUUUGCAUAUAGGAAGGGUGUGAGUGUGGAUGAUGCCCUUCUGUAUCUGCUGGACAUUAUUUAUAAACACCUUGAAAAAGCCAGCAGUUCAGUGCGACUUAUGUUCUUUGAUUUUUCUAGUGCUUUUAAUACCAUUCUGCCCCAUAUUUUAGGAAAUAAGUUAUUGGAUUUUAAGCAGCACAAUUCCACCACUGCCUGGAUUUUAGACCAUCUCUAAAACAGGCUUCAGUUUGUGAGGGUUGGUGGUAAGUGCUCGGACUUGAUUUUUACGAACUCUGGUGCACCACAGGGAACAGUUUUAUCUCCUUUUUUAUUUACAUUGUACACAGCUGACUAUAGGCACAGUUUACCAUCUUGUCACUUACAGAAGUUCUCUGAUGACACUGCCCUACUGAGCCUGAUCUCCCGGGGUGACGACCUGGCUUACAGGGAGGAAGUUAACUCCUUUGUUGGAUGGUGUGAUGCAAAUUUUCUACAGCUCAAUGUUGGCAAAACACAAGAGCUGGUUAUUGAUUUUAGGAAGAAAAAACAAACAUUCUCUCCAGUGGUCAUCAAAGGCCAACCUAUAGAAACUGUGGAGACAUAUAAAUAUCUCGGGGUGUACCUCGACGAUAAGUUAAACUGGAAAAGGAACAGUGAUUCUGUUGUUAAAAAGGCCCAGUCCAGAUUGUUUUUUUUUCUUAGGAAGCUAAGAUCUUUUGAUAUAAGUAGGAGGCUCUUGAAUGUGUUUUAUCAGGGGAUUAUGGCCAGUGUGUUGUUUUAUGCUGUGUUGUGUUGGGGCAGGAGCCUCACUGCUGAGGACAAAAACAGGAUCGACAAAAUGAUCAAGAAAUCUGGCUCAGUAGUUGGGCAACGCUUGGACUCAUUUGACAUGAUCAUCGACAAAAGGAUGAAGCGUAAACUUAAGACAGUUAUGACUCUGGAGGAUCACCCCCUUCACCACAUUUUUAAGGAUCUCAGGAGCUCUUACAGUGGGCGAAUGUUAAUGCCCUGGUGCUCCACUGAACGUUUUAGGAACUCUUUUAUUCCAGCUGCAGUGCGUUUUUACAAUGACCAUUUCGUAUGAUUGUAUAUUUGAUAUUUUCAUAUUUUAUCAGGACCAGUGAAUGUUUUACUGUGUGGAUAUGCAUGUUGUGUUUACUUGUCCAAGGCAAUUCAAUUUCCCCCUUGGGGAUUAAUAAAGACAACCUUGAACCUUGAACCUUGAAUUUGUGUCAUUAUCACACACUGCUGAAGAGUGUUGGGCAAGUUACUUCAAAACUGCAAUGCAUUAUUUAUUACUCAUUACAUUACAAUAUUACUGAUUUUAAAAUGUAAGGCACUAUACUACUUUUGCAUUACUUUAAGUUACUUUCACCAAAACAACUUCAGUAUGAAUCUGGUCAUGUGACGCUCAGUGAGCUCAUGACAUAUAUGUGGAAGGUGAUGUGGUGUCUGAGCUAGGAUUGCUGUUAAAAACAGUCAGAUAUAAUAACAGUGCUUUAAAAUGAUUGUUUAUUAAAUAAAAACAACAACAAUCUGUACUCUCAGCAUGCUGCCAUCUUAUAUUAACUGAGCAGGGUGUGAGGUGGUGGGGGCUCCAAGCCUAUAUUUGCCUUGGUCCCCAAAUGCCUUGAUACGGCCCUGGAUGUGGGACUGACUUCUGGGGUGAUCUGAUUCUAUCACAUGUAUAAAUAUUAAAAUGCUUAUAUAUUAUUGCUUUUCACAGGUAAAAAUGUGUAUUGGGGAUAAAUCUUCCUACUUUUUUUCUUUUCAAGCACUUUGUUUUGUUUUCUUGAUUUUAUGUGAAUAAUUUCCGGCCCUUUCUCUCUCUAACCUUCCUGCAUGCUGCAUGUUUUCUCCGUCUUCCAGAAAAACUGUUUCCUAGAUUUCCUACUUUCUAACUAGUCAGCCAAAGGGAUCUACUGAAAGCAAAAAAAAAAAAAAAAAAAAAAAAAAAAGCUUAACAU